AUGGCAUCCUCAGAUGGCGGUGCCCCCGCAGGCCAAGUAAAUCUUGCCUCCCUUUCGGUUCCUCAACUUCGAUCGGUACAGACGCGUUUGACCUCAGAGCUCGAGCACUUGACGUCUUCACAUACGAAGCUGCGCGCAGCACAGGCAAAGUUCCGCGACUGUGUGAACUCAAUCAACGACGGUGUGACCGGAUCCGCAAAGAAGGGCACUGAUGGGCGGGAUGAGAUCCUGGUCCCUUUGACGAGCUCGUUGUAUGUGAAGGGUCGGUUAACCGACCGAGAGAAGGUGCUGGUGGAUGUGGGAACCGGGUUUUAUAUUGAGAAGACUGCAGAGAAAGCAGUUGCUUUCUAUAACGAUAAGGUUACGGGAUUGGAUGCGAACCUUCAGGAAUUGGAGAAGAUUGUGCAGGGCAAGAGCCAACAGCUGCGGAUUGUCGAAGAAGUUCUCCGUCAAAAAAUGCUCAGCGGCGAGGCUGUGCCAGCGCAGACCGCUGGAGCGGCUGCUGGAUGA